UCUUGUCUGACAUCAGGACGGUGCAGGAGUUUAAAAGCCAGAUCUGACGCUCGCCUGGUCUGGUGGAGUCACUUCCACGUUAUGCAAUAUUCGGUAAGCAAGUGGGAAACCAGAGACAGAGAUACAAGAAGAUCUAUGACUGAAGGGCUUCAUGUUGCAUUACAGAAUGGAGAGCUGCGUUAUUUCACCUCUGUCAGAAGAGAUAAUUCCAUAUGAACACGAGGCUCGGCCCAUAUACGACUUCUACCCGUAUCUCAGUACUGAUCCAGAGACUCAUCCAGAGAGCGGAUGUGAAUACAGCAGUGUUUACGGGCAUCACAGCGAGUUCGAGCCUCCGCCCGGAAGCCACUUCACCGAGCUGCACACCAGCACGUAUCGCUAUGGGGACAUGGAGGCCUUUCAUCCCGCCGUAGACGCCGCCAUGGGGACCAUUCUACCUGUAGUUCCUCCACAGUAUACUUACAUCUCCCAUCCACUCUACCAACGGUCCCCGGUCCCCCACUGCAGCACCGAUGAGGAGGAGCCUGGGGGACGCAGCCCACCAUUUGAGGUGUCAGAGGGCGAAGAGGACCAUGAUGGACAUCCCAGCACCUCCAGCACUCUGUCAGGAAACAAAAGGAAAGUGCGUCUUUACCAGUUCCUCCUGGACCUCCUACAAGACGGGGACAUGAGGGACUGCAUCUGGUGGGUGGACAGAGAGCGAGGCGUCUUUCAGUUCUCCUCCAAACACAAGGAGACACUCGCCAGCCGCUGGGGCCAGCAAAAGGGCAACCGCAAGAGAAUGACCUAUCAAAAGAUGGCAAGAGCCCUCCGCAACUACGGCAAGACCGGCGAGGUUAAAAAGGUCAAAAAGAAACUCACCUACCAGUUCAGCGGAGAUGUCCUGAGGAGGGUGACUAUGGAGAGACGGCAGUAUCAUCACUGACACUCCGGACACAGUACAUCCUACCAAUAGCAAUAUUCACAGAUAAUCUCAAACGUAAUCUCAGGGAUAUGAUAUGUAUGUUAUUUGGGUGAUUUACCAUGGACAACAAGAUCAAACACUGCAUAUUUGUAUGCUUUAUUACUGUAACUGGUCACCAUACCGCUUUAUUAUUGAGGUUACACGUGUUCCGCCCAUGUACUUAUUAUACCAACUAUAAUUAAUUAUGCAUAAUUAUCCAUCACCCUACCCAUUUAUUAAGUACAUGUAGUUCUUUUUCUAUAUAAACAGUAGUUUACACUGUAACAAGGACAACUUAUUAUAAAGUCACCAUUUCUACUACUAUUUCUACACCACUAUUACUACUUCAGCUAUUGAUUUUACAUGUGCCUAAUGGACUUUAAUAUUCAAUGCAGUCCACUAUGAACACGGUGUAUAAUAACAAUGUAUAAUUUUUUUUUUAUAGAGAGAGAGAGAGAGAGAGAGGCACUUAACGUGUCACAUUGAAUGACAUAUUAAUACUCAGUGUAUAGUACGCUUCAUCAAACAGGAUAUAUAAAGGGUCACUGAAUAAACAGCCUCAUGUUGGGUUCUUAUAUGUUCGCAAAACAGUUUAAAGGCUAACUUGAUAGUUAUAUUGUGUAUUUUAAAGGCUUUAAUUUGACAUGUUUAAUAAGUAAAACACCAUGUCACUUUUAGUACUCUGAUUAAUCAUGUUUCUGUUUCUGAUUGUGCACAACAUUGUCAAUUUUCCUAUUUAGCCUGUGUCAUAUUAAUAAUUACACAUUUGAAUUCUAUUAAGCUCUAUGUAAUAAUAACAAUAAUAACAACAGUAAUAAGUUCCUACCAUGAACUGACAAUCGAAAACUAAUAAUAAUAAUUCAUUCACUCAUUCAUUUUCUUUUCAGCCUAGUCCCUUUAAUAAUCAGGGGUCGCCACAGUGGAAUGAACCGCCAGCUUAUCCAGCGUAUGUUUUACGCAGCGGAUGCCCUUGCAGCUGCAACCUAUCACUGGGAAACAAUAAUAAUAAUGUCUAACUGUUAUGUACUGUGGCUCAAUGCUGCCACCAAGGGGAGCACAACAACAUGAGCCUUAUACACGACAAACUAUAUUAAUUCACAGACCUUGGGACUUCAUUGUUUUUAAGGGGAUUUUUCUGAGUUAUUUUGAUCCUUUUGUCAUGUUAUAAUUUGUUUUUAAAUGAUUGUUUCUGUUUUAAACGAGGGGAAAAACUGUAAAUGUUGAGCAGAGGAAAAUAAAAAGCAAAAGAGAAACCAGACUGAUCUUUAAAAUGA